AUGAUGGUGCAAAGCAAGGUUUUGCUUCUUGCCCUUAUUUUUUUCACAUACUUAUAUGGUCAUUCAACAGCUUCUUCUCCUUCCCUACCGGCCUCGGCUGGUUUGAACGACGAAAUACGCCGGUAUCAGCUGAAUAAUUUGGGCCGUGUUCUUCUUGAUGAGGAAGUGGACUCUCAUCAUCAUCAUCCUCUUGAAAGAACAAUUUUUUUGACAUUUGGUAUUAGGGACCCCAUUCCUGAAGACGAACUGAUGGGCUAA